AUGGAGCUUCAAUUGGCCAGAACAAUUCUGGAACAUUUAGAAUGUUCUUUUGCACGUCAAGAGGCGAAGCUUGACUGGCUUUUAGAGAUGAAGGCUACACUGGUCAAGGAAAGGACUGCUUCUAGACUGUCCUUGCAGUUUACUCCUUGUCUUCCUUUACACAAUCAGACCAAGAAAUUUUCCAUUUUAGCACCGACCAGCUGGCCUGUGAAUAGGUCCCCUCAGUAUCCAACAAAAACACGUCAGAUGAUGCCAAUAUUAGACCUAGAGAGGCUACCAAGUGAUUCCAACUUAACAGGUGAGUUUUUUGUCUUAUACUUGCAACAACUUUCAUGGUUGGUAGCAAUUUGAGAAUUGAGGUGUUUAUAGGCUAAAUACCACACUUUACUUUUAGAAACCAUUACAGUUGGUGGAUUUGAGGGUGCGCGGUUGUCUUGUGAAGAUUACAACUAUGCAGUUGCAGCAUCAAAGCCUUCAGCAAUGACCUUAAGGCUUUUAGAAAAGCUCUUUUCUAAAGAGGUGCUACUUUGCUCAACUCUAUGGAAUUCUCUGGCCUUGAUCAAACAACGAUUUCAGCUGUAA